CGCCAUAUACACACGCCUCCACCAGUCGACCCACUUUUUGCUUGCACACACUCCUCUGCUGCCUCUGUCCCUGUGUUUACCACAAGCUCUUCAAACUUCACGUCAUCUCACAGUCGAGCUUAUUACAUUUGAUUAAGAGUGGAUUCGUCCAUCACAUCGGGUGAACAUGUAGAGAUGGAUUUUAUGAAGCUGUUUGGCACCGUUAUCGCCGUUUUCUUCCACCCUGGAUCCACCGCGUCUAAAAUAAAUGGCCAGAUUUGGCAGAUUUGUCGGCGCGGGACGGAGCGCCCCUGCUACAAAGUGUCCUACAUCCAGGACAGCAGGCGGAGGCUGACCUUUGAGGAUGCCAGGCAGGUCUGCAGGGCAGAUGGAGGCGAGUUGCUCAGCAUUGAGACGGAAAGCGAGCAACGAUUGAUAGAGAGGUUCAUACAGCAGCUGCAGGCUGGAGAUGGAGAUUUCUGGAUCGGGCUUCGCCGCAGCCCACAGCGAUACAGAGCAGGAACAACAAACCCAGGCUGCCCCUCGCAGUACUAUUGGCUGGAUGGAAGCAAGGCCAAGUUCAGGAAUUGGCACUGGGAUGAGCCAUCCUGUGGUGGUGAAAUGUGUGUGGUUUUGUACCACCAGCCCUCUGCACCACCUGAUGAAGAAGGCCAUUUCCUGUUCCAGUGGAACGAUGACAACUGCAGCUCCAAGAACAACUUUGUCUGCAAAUACCCAGAAGAAAAAGUACCAGUACUUACCGAGGACAGGGACACAGCACAUGCAGUUCCAUCUCUGAGGCCAAACAUAUUGUCAACUACAGAAAGUGAUGACAGGAUAAAAAUAGGACUUCCUGAGUCAUCGGUAUCUUUCACAGAAAACACCCUCUAUGUUUCCUACAUCCUUUAUGCAACUAUUCCUGCACUGCUGCUGCUGAUAUUUGCAGCUGCUGGAUUCUUCUGCUACAAACAGCAGGCUAAGAGGAGGAAGACAGAAACAGAAAGCUAUCCCAGCAGAUCAAAACAGUGGACGUCAACAACAGCUCCACCUUGCCCCAUACAAGGACCUUAUGCCUUUAGUGACGUUACCAAACUGCCUCAUACUGCUCUGCACAGCAGCCUGCCAGCAGACAUCAUGACAAAGUACUCUUGUGCUCCUUCCCAUGAUUCCCAGUGUGACGAUUAUGAGAACGUGUCAUGUGUGGACAGGGAGAGCGGCUUUGUGACCAAUGACAUCUACGAGACCUGCAGAGCUCAAAGUCGACGUGGCCGCAGCCAGACUGGAUGGGUGGAAAAUGAGAUCUAUGGAUAACGCUGUUGAUGUCUAUCUGGUCUCAAGUGUCCAUCAGCCUCACAGAGAAUGAUGAAUGAUACCCAGCGAUACAGAGGGGCAUCAACUGUUCUCUGUCCCUUUCUUCUUGUAUCUACUAGUUACCUGUGUAGUGCAGGAUUACUGAACAUAUGGCUGUGUCUGCCUGGACUCACAUGUACAGGUUAUCAGAAUUUGGAUUUAUCUCCACUGCUGCAUCCAGAGGUGCAAUUCAGAGUAAUGCUUUUUGCUCUGUUUUUUGUCAACCCUGACUCUAUAUUUAGGACCAUAUAAAUAAUCAUAUAUUUUAAGUCUUUUUAAUAAAUUUUAUUGGUAAUCAAAA